AAAUCGACUCAAAGUCCAGACGUUCUCUCUCAUCAUGCGGCAGAGCUCCUCCCUUCCCGACUACUCCAGAAGCUAAACUACCGCCGCGCCAUGUCUUCAUCCGCCAUUUCUUCUGCUCUAUGCCUUCCCUUUUCUCGAUCGAGCUCCUCUAAGUCAUGCUAUAGAAAGCGUGCCUAUGGAGGGCUCAGAGUCUUUUCUAUGUAUGCCGAUGAGGGUGGGUUAGUGGACAAGAAGAGCCCAUGGCUGACACUAUUUAAUGUUGAAGAUCCAAGGUCCAAAGUUCCGCAAUGUAAAGGUAAGUUCCUUGAUGUAAACAUUGCUUUAGAAGUGGCUCGAUAUGAUCUACAGUAUUGUGAUUGGAGAGCUCGUCAAGAUGUCCUUACAAUCAUGCUUCUGCACGAGAAGGUUGUCGAAGUGUUAAACCCUCUUGCCCGCGACUAUAAAUCUAUUGGAACCAUGAAGAAGGAACUUGCAGAUUUGCAGGAAGCACUGGCACAAGCUCACAAGGAUGUAAUCUAACUAAGUUGAAUCGUCUCUUGCUUUCAAGUAUUUAUUUACUAUGCAAAUUGAUUUAUGUCUUUUCUGUAUUACCUUUGCAUUCACAUUGCUUUAAUAUAAUAUAAUGUCGUGUUAUUUCACUAUUACUCUUAUUUGCAAAGUACUUCAAACUAAAAAUAAAUGAUGGAUUUCAUUGACAACGCAGAAUGGUACAAGACUGGAAAUUUUGUCAGGUGUACUUUGAAGAAUCCUGACCCUCGUUUAAGGCUUAACGCAUUUUUCACUUGUAUCAUUGCUGAAAAUUGAAACAUCAAGAGCCAAGAACUUCUCUGCAGCUUGUUUUUUGUGUUUUUUCUGUCUUUUAAUAAAGCACAUUGUCUGUACUCUGUAUAACAGGUGCACAUGUCAGAGGCACGGGUUUCUGCCGCCUUAGAUAAGCUGGCUUACAUGGAAUCAAUGGUAAAUGACAGGUUGUUGCUUGACCAGCACACAGCAGAAGUUGGUAGCUCGUCCCCUUCUCUUAGUGCACCUAUAAGGCAUUCAGAAAAUGUUAAGAGGAAGAUGCGUCGAACAAGCCUAAAUGUAUCCGGUCCCAUCCAAAAUUACAGUGACCGUCUGAUGAACUUCUGGUAUCCUGUUGCUUUCUCCAGUGAUCUUAAGGAUGAUACCAUGAUGCCAAUUGAUUGCUUUGAGCAGCCAUGGGUAAUCUUUCGUGGGAAUGAUAGAAAGCCAGGAUGCGUCCAAAACACAUGUGCUCAUCGAGCCUGCCCCCUUCAUCUGGGUUCAGUAAAUGAUGGGCGUAUACAAUGUCCUUACCACGGGUGGGAGUAUGCUACAGAUGGAAAAUGUGAGAAAAUGCCAUCAACAAGAUUACUAAAUGUAAAGCUAAAAACAUUGCCAUGCUUUGAGCAAGAAGGCAUGAUUUGGAUUUGGCCUGGAAAUGAUCCUCCAGAAGCUACAAUACCUUCUUUAAAACCUCCCCCGGGAUUUCAAAUCCAUGCAGAGAUUGUCAUGGAGCUCCCUGUGGAACAUGGUUUACUAUUAGACAACCUUUUAGAUCUUGCACACGCUCCUUUCACCCACACUUCGACUUUUGCAAAAGGAUGGAGCAUACCAAGCUUGGUGAAAUUUUUUACUCCUGAAUCUGGUCUACAAGGACACUGGGAUCCAUAUCCGAUCGACAUGGAAUUUAGACCACCCUGUAUGGUGUUAUCUACUAUCGGAAUAUCAAAGCCUGGAAAACUGGAGGGGCAGAAUACCAAACAGUGUGCUACACACCUUCACCAAAUGCAUGUGUGCUUACCUUCGUCCACACAGAAGACUAGGUUAUUAUACAGGAUGUCUCUGGAUUUCGCGCCGAUGCUCAAACACUUCCCCUUCAUGCAGUAUUUGUGGAGGCACUUCGCUAAACAGGUCUUGAACGAGGAUCUGCGGCUUGUGAUUGGGCAACAGGACCGCAUGAUCAAUGGUGCUAACAUCUGGAAUCUUCCGGUCUCCUACGACAAGCUAGGAGUAAGGUAUAGGUUAUGGAGGGAUGCUCUAGAACGCGGUGUUGAACAUUUACCUUUCCAGUAGAUGUGUGCAUUUAACAGCCAAAAUAAUAUGUCGCUUGUCAAGUUACUUCUGAAGCUCUACUUCAAGGGCAACAUCCUAAUUCCCAAGCUCAGUUUUGAGACGAAGCGACAAAGCAUAAAUGCAGCUAUUAUUUGACCGGUACACACGGCUGCGCAGUUAAAGGGACUGCGCCGAGUCGGAUCGUUUGUACUCUUUUGAACAAAUAAUUCUUCACCAUAUUUGCCCACCUCCUUUUUGGCUCACUACUGCCUUGCUUUAGGUGCUAAAUUCUGCAUAAAAAUGGCAAAUGGAAAUUUUAGCUGUUAGCUUUGUUGUGUUUUUUCUCUCCCACUUUCCAACAAAUUACCCAGCUUGGGUUCGGUUUAUUGGGUCCAACAACUCAUAUUAAAUGCAUGGACAAGGGUAGAAACGGUUGUAAAUUGUUACACUCCUAUUUCAUUGCACAUUAUGUAAAUAUUACGGAUUGUAAUGUACGGAGUAUGUAUAUUAUCUAAAUCGUCCUUUACUUUUGGUGAUUUAUCUUAUACGGAGCAAUUACACAUGCGUUGAGUCCAACUUUUGAAAGGCUUGGGUUGCUUUAAAAAGAGUGAGACUAAGGUAUACAUGUGUGUGGGUUUUACACACCACCAAUGUAGAGAGAAGCAUGGGAGGAAUUCUACACAAGAAUACCACCGGGAAAAUCCAAGGGGUCUUGGUGAGUGUGGGUGAGUGUAGGGAGUAACUGGUUUUAGUUACUCGAAAAAAUACAUCCGGGGAUAGGAUGUGGA